AUGUCGAUGGAAUUGACCUCCGAACGUGUUUGUUAUCUUCAGUGCAACUAUUGCAACACCAUUCUAGCGGUUAGUGUUCCAUAUGGCAGUAUGAUGACAUUUGUGACAGUGAGAUGUGGGCAUUGUGCAAAUUUGCUGUCAGCUAAUAUGGCUGCUUUGCUUCAGUCUGUUCAUCUUCAAGAUUUUCAGCUCCACAAACAACAGUCAGUGACGGCCAAUUAUAAAGACGGUGGAUCGUCGUCAAAGUGCAAUAGAUUCGGACCGAUGCAAACCGAUUACGAACAACCUAAGACGCCUCCAAUACGCCCUCCAGAGAAAAGGCAACGUGUUCCAUCAGCUUAUAAUCGUUUCAUAAAAGAGGAGAUUCAAAGGAUAAAAGCAAUGGGCACAUUUUCCUCAUAUUCAUUUUGGACUAAAGCUGGAUGGCAAUAA